UGGCGGAGAGCAUGUAAAAAGUGUCAUGGCGGCGCAUGAAGGAUGCAUUCUCAUCAUCAGAAUGAGCAAUGCGGCCGCGACGGCGCUGUUCAGGGAAGCGCGCAAUGAAGACAUGCAACAACAAAUAAUUAAAGAGACCUUUCAAUUAGUCUCAAAGAGAGAUGAUAAUGUCUGCAAUUUCCUGGAAGGUGGAACCUUGAUAGGUGGUUCAGACUAUAAACUCAUCUACAGGCAUUAUGCAACUCUCUACUUCGUCUUUUGCGUUGAUUCAUCAGAGUCGGAACUCGGGAUAUUGGAUUUAAUUCAAGUGUUCGUAGAGACUCUUGAUAAAUGUUUUGAGAAUGUUUGUGAAUUGGAUUUGAUUUUUCAUGUUGACAAAGUUCACUACAUUCUUAAUGAGCUGGUGAUGGGUGGGAUGGUGCUUGAAACGAAUAUGACUGAGAUCUUGACGAGGAUUGAGGACCAGAAUAGAUUAGAGAAGCAAGAGGCGGGAAUCACAGCGGCACCAGCACGAGCAGUGUCAGCAGUGAAGAACAUGAACAUUCCACAACAGAUUAAGGAUAUGAAGCUCCCGGAUUUACCGCAGGCAAUAAAAGAUUUGAAAUUCUGACCAGCCGUUACAUCUGUCUCACCCAGUUGACUGAAUUCACCAACAAUUUCAAAUACUAUUUAUGAUCCAUCGUUAUACCGACAGUUGUACACACGUAUUGACGGAAAUGAAAAUUCACCAAUCCUGCCAAAUCUGGAUGACCAAAUAAUGAAUAAAUCAUCGCGAUACCAAAAUUGAAGGAAUCCUUCAAUAAAAAAAUAUAAAAAAGUGA